UGUGUGAGAAGAUACUAAAUAACAGAAAUUAGUGAACUAUAACUAUAACGCAAUCUUAGUUUUUCCUAAUCUGGAGCCCACUUAUUUGCUGUCACCCUCACUGAGCUCGUUACCGUCCUUUCCUCUGACGGAUUCUCCCUCCUACUCCUCUUCCUCUUCAUCCUGUCCUCCUCUUUGACAGACAGAGCUACCAUGGACACCGGGAGCCCCAGGAAGAUACAGUUCACCGUCCCCCUACUGGACACCCACCUGGACCCAGAGGCAGCAGAACAGAUCAGAAGACGCAGACCCACACCUGCCACGUUAGUGGCAUCCAGUGAUCAAUCCUCACCUGAAAUAGAUGAAGAUCGUCUCCCAAACCAGUUGUACAAGGCAGCCUUGUUGAACUCCCCUCGACAACGGCGAAAAGUGCCAAAGGGAACUCCUACAAUGAAAGAGCUGCAGUUCAUGGUAGAGAAUCACCUGUACAGGCAGCAGCAGGGAGCCGGGGAUGACUGCUCCUCAGAGAGCUGCCUCUCGGACCGGCCCAGCCCCGACUCUCUUCCCACCGGGGAGGAGCUGCCACACGAUGAUGAGGCCACGGCGGAGGCCUUUGAGAAACUACGCUGCCAAAUGGAGGAGUUCUCAAGGGAGAGUCAAUCAGAAGCUGCUGGAGGACUUGAGUGCCCCGUCUCCCAGGAGGAGGAGGAUUGUUGCAGCGUUGCCAAUGAAGAAGAUCCCUCAUCGCAACGAAACAACGCACAACCAGACAUAACAGCAGCAACAUCCAGUGCUGGUCAGCCGGCGGAGGAAAAGACAAAGAAAUGCUGCUUGAAGAAAGACAAAUAGAGAGCGUUCUUCUGAAACACAAAGCUGCUCAGUCUUCAAUGACAGAAGAUUGUGUCUGCAAAUCCACUUUUUAGAUACAUCAGGGCAUCUACAUUCUUCUACAGUCAGGCCUUAGUUACCACCCCGAGAACAAGAACACAGGUUUCUACACUUAUUUACAUCCUGGGAGAUGAUACGCCAAACUAGAACUAGCUUACUGUAUGUAUGAACCAGAGUGGGAGCUACUAUCUAGUUAAUAGGAAAGAGAGAAAGUCUUUUCAUAAACUACCACCACUAAGACAACAUGCACAAUGUCCGCUUUAAUGUUCAAAGGCAACACAUAUUCUAUCUACAAUCCGUUAGUAUCAUUAAUGUGCCAUGACGCCUUCAAUUGUUGUUCCAUCUCAAAGCAAUAAAAAUGUAUUCAUACCUCAUAAAUAACAAGGAGCGAAAACACUUUUUAGUUAGAUGCUGAAUCUUAAAUAAGUGAGGAACACAUCUGGGUGUAUUGACAGUUUAAAUAAAAACUAGUGGGUUGGACAGCUACAAAUGUAUUAUUUAAAGUACAGCUAAAAAAAACUAUUAUGUUUGCGACAUCAUGCAGAGCUGCAAUGAUUAGUUUAUGAUUAAUUAAUCAAUGAUAUGAUUUACGGAAAAUGUAUGGUUAUAUAUUUUAAUAUUUUCAGAAUAAUUCCAUACUUCUCUGGUUCCAGUUUCACCAGUGUGAGAAUUUGCUGGUUUCUUUCGUAGUCUACUAUUAUAAAUUAAAUAUUUUCGGGUUUUGGACUCGGUCAAAACAAGACAUUUGAGGACAUCAUCUCGACCUCGAGAAUCUCUGAAGGACAUUUUUACCUGUUUUCUGUCAUUUUAUAAACAAAUCGAUUAAAUAAUUCAUCAGGAAAAUAAUCAGUAGAUUCGUUGCUGACAGAAUCACUCGUUGUAGCCCUGACAGUAUCCAUCACAUAUCGGCUCAGCAAAUUACUUGUCUUGUGAUCACUUCAAACAGAAACCUGAAAGGGAGAACUUUUUAGAAAUGCAAUUUAGAAAUGCAAUACAUGCAAUUCAUCGUGUCUUCAUUGUAUAUCAUAUUUGCAUAAACCAGUAACCUCAUCAUUCAAAGCCCCACACUUAAAACAACAACCCACAUCAGCUUUCUGGCAUAACUCAAACACGUGAACACACAUCUUGCCUGCAGUUCAGCCUGCUGGAUGCAGACAAACAUUCAGAGGGGAAAGUUGCUCUGGCAAAGUCUGAUUGCAGGUUUAUAGCUAAUUAGCUGCUCUGCUGCAGCACAUUAAGCAACACCUAAACUUACCUGCAGAUGUCCAGUUAGAUGCUGGUAUGGUCCUUACAUUUCAAUACCACUGCUAACGACACGCUGUCUGCUCGUGAUGUGGAGGUCACCAUGUACAUGUUUUUUUAGUUUGCUCUCCAGAGGUCACCUACUAGCUGCUGUCAAUCAAAUACAGACACGCCCCUGACUUCUGAGAGGAAAUUGAAUAUUUCUGAUAUUUUCUUCCUUUUAAUAGUAAGAAUAACUUUAAAAUUGGACUGUAAAAAGGGAUGAUUAAAUGUGAUUUCAGUUGAACUUCAAAGUUCAAAAUAAUUAAUGAUAAUUUCCUAAUUAACAAUAAUGAUAUGUCUGGUUACAGUAAUAUCCUAAUAACUAAAAUGUAAGAAUUGCACCCUAAUUUUCUUGCUUUUCUGGAAUCUAAAUGCUGUUAUUAAAACACUUUUUUUCUGGAUUGCAUUGACUCUACAGUGAAGUUUCUGUAGUGUGCUUUAAUUUGCAUAGGGGAACAUAUUUCAACAUAUAAUCAAACAUCAAUCAGACACCAAUUUGAAUGAUUGGCAUUCCCUUUUCAUUUUAGUUUUGUAGGAAAGAAGGCCAUCACAAAGUUGUCAGCUCACUCUUCAAUUAGAUUCCAUCUGUUAUUUGUAUCACUCAAGGGGCAUUGUUCUGUAGAUUAUGUGACAAUCUUUUCAUGGCACAUUAAUACUUGACAUGCCUAAAAUGAAAUGAAACAGCCUGAAACAGUAAACUAAAGCCACCCUAGUAUUGACAAUAACAAUGACCACAAUGAACAAGAAAGACAAUGAAAACAUUCCUGUGCAGGCUUUUGUUUUCUUCUUCUGCAGAAUAUUUAUGGACCAUGUAAUGUUUGUUCUGUUUUUGAAUGGUAAUUGUGUACUUUACAUGGAUUUCAUCUGGGAAGUUUUGUUCCAAUUUUCCUUAAAUUGAUCGAUGAUUACAUCUGUAAUUUAAAUUAGUUUGAUAUAAUAAAAUGUUUAAAUUGGA